AUGGAAAUUCAAAAUGUUAAUCUACAACAUUGGUUAACAGAAACCCCAAACCAUACAACAUUCAGGAUAAAUAAGUUAAAAACAUUUUACCCUUCUGUUCUUCAUGAUUGCUUAGUAAAACAAAGCAUGGAUCUAAAGUCAGACCAAAUACCUAAAUCUUAUAUUCUAAGACCAGAUUGCCUUAUAAUAGAGCAAUGGCCAGCUGAUAUUGCAGUGGAGAAAACUGGAAAAGAAGUGAUAGUAGAUGCCUUAUGUGCUGCAGCUGUGUUAAGGGGAGCACAUGUAUUUGCACCUGGAGUAUUGGGCCUUCCCGUUAAUUGUCGGAUUGGACAGAGGGUGGAUGUCUAUGGUGAUUUAGAAGGUCAUUGCAAAAGAGGUCUCAAAGUACCUUAUGAAGGUAAAAAACAAUAUGUCGGCAUGGGUUAUCUGCAAAUGUUAAGGGCAGAUUUAUUUGACAAUGGUGUUCAACCAAGUGGCGUAGCUGUUCACACAAUAUUGCCAGCAUCAAGACUACCCGUUAUAAAUGAGAGUAUUUAUCCCAAAGGGGUAGUACUGUUACAAAACUUACCUUCUAUAAUAUGUGGAUGGGUUGUAGAUGCUCAAGCAAAUGAGUAUAUUCUGGAUAUGUGUGCUGCACCUGGUAAUAAAACUACACAUUUAGCUGAAAUGUCAAAUGAUAAAGCAAUUAUAGUAGCAAUAGACAAGAGUCCUAGAAAGGCAGCAAAGAUAAAGGAAAACUGUGAAAUACAAGGUGUCACUUGUGUUAAAGCAUAUGCGUAUGAUUCAACUAAAUGCUGUUCAGAAGACAGUGUAGAUAUUAUCUCUGGACCUCCAUUUCCACCCAACAGUUUUGAUAAAGUAUUACUAGAUGCACCUUGCAGUGGAUUAGGCCAAAGACCACAACUUGUGAACAAAAUGACUCCCAAAAUUAUCAAUUCAUAUAAGUUUGUUCAAAGAAAAUUAUUUGCAGAAGCAGUGAAAGUAUUAAAAGUAGGAGGAAAAUUGAUAUACAGUACUUGCACUAUUGCAGAGCAAGAGAAUGAAUGCAUGAUAGCAUGGGUGCUAGAUAAAUUCCCUUUCUUGAAACUAAUACCUUCAGAAUCUCUUCUUGGUGGGCCAGGGUUAAAAAAUAAAGGACUGAAUGAAGAACAAAGAUUGAUGGUGCAGCGGUUUGGUCCAGUAGAUGAUGAAAUUAGACCAGUACAAAACCUAUACAAGAAUUCAAUAGGCUUUUUCAUAGCUGCAUUUGUAAAACUACCCUUAUAA